UUUUAGGGCCUCUCGUCUUUAAUAGAGAGAGCCUUCCUUAUUAUUUUUUUCAAAUUGCAGCUCUCUUGUUAAUGAUUAAAAGGUUGUGAUUAAGGUAAAAUCGUUAAUAAUUAUUAAUACUUGAUUAAUCAAUAUCGCGAAUUAAUUAAUGUCGCGAGUUGCAGUAAUUACCUUGUCCUCCUUGGUCCUUGUUGGGCUGAUUGCGUCAGUGACCUUUAGCUUCGUAUCACAUAAUUGGGAUAAAAAUAACAAUCAAAAGUUGGCUGCUUCGUCUAAGGCGGUCCAAGCAAUAUGUAACCCUACGGAUUAUAAAGAUGCGUGUCUUAAAAGUCUAGCCACGGUCAGGACCGAUGACCCUAAGGAGCUAAUUAAGGCCGCAUUUUUAUCUGCUAAGGCCGAAUUGAUUGAUAUUUCUAAAAAUUCGACGGUCUUGAAAGAGCUCGAAAAGGAUUCUAAGACGGCUGAAGCUGUUAAAGAUUGUAGAGAGCUACUCCAAGACGCGAUUGAUGAUUUCCAACGUUCAUUCGAUGAAAUUUCAAAAUCUGAUAUGACUCAAGCUAAUAGUGCACUAGAAAACCUUAAGAUAUGGCUAAGUGCUACAAGAACGUACCAAGAGACGUGUUUAGAUGGUUUCGAAAAUACCACCGGGGAUGCGAGUGUAAAGAUGAGAAAGGUGUUGCAAUCGGCCAUGGAAAUGUCUAGCAAUGGACUUGCUAUCGUUAACGACUUGUCGUCUUUGCUUAGCAGCCUCGACAUUUCUUCGUUCAAGAGACGAUUAUUAUCAACUCAGGUGAAUAGACGUCUCUUGGACGAUGAUGAUGGGGGAGUCCUCCUCCACGACAGCGAACAGGACCGAAGGAGAAGGCUUCUUACCACGGUUCCAAUUGUAGGUCAUCACAAGGGUGAAGUCUAUCCCGAAUGGGUAGAUGGGUUUCGACGUAAGCUUUUGGAAGCCACAAACUUGGCUGAUGAUUUGAAGGCGAGGGCAAAUGUGGUGGUGGCUCAAGAUGGGAGCGGAAAAUAUAAGACAAUUGAAGAAGCUUUAAAGGAAGUUCCAAAGGAGGGAAAAGAGAGUUUCAUCAUUUACAUUAAGGAAGGAGUUUAUAAUGAAUAUCUUGUACUUUUCAAAUGGAUGACUAAUGUUGUAAUUGUUGGAGAUGGCCCAACUAAGACAAGGAUUACUAAUAACAAGAACUUUGCUGAUGGUACCAAAACAUUUAAGACUGCUACAUUGUCUGUUCUUGGAGAUUUCUUCAUGGCUAAGGACAUUGGAGUUGAGAAUACGGCAGGAGCAAUUAAACAUCAAGCCGUCGCAUUUCGAGCACAAACAGAUAAAUCCAUCUUCUUCAACUGUCACUUUGAUGGAUACCAAGAUACUCUCUACGCUCACACCUACCGCCAAUUCUACCGUGAUUGUAGAAUCACAGGAACAAUUGAUUUUAUCUUUGGUGACGCUGCUGCAUUUUUCCAAAAUUGUACCUUUGUUGUUCGCAAACCACUUGAAAACCAAAAUUGCAUUGUAACAGCCCAAGGCCGAAUGGAGAGGCAUCAACCAACCGGAAUAAUAAUUCAUAGUAGUAAAUUUGAAUCCGAUCCUGAAUACUACCCUGUUCGAAACAAGAACAAGGCUUACCUAGGAAGACCUUGGAAGAAAUUUUCCAAGACAAUUAUUAUGGAGUCUCAAAUUGAUGAUUUGAUACAGCCUCAAGGGUGGUUGCCUUGGGAAGGUGAUUUCGCGCUUGAUACUCUCUACUAUGGUGAGUACAAUAAUGUUGGAGCUGGCGCGGGUUUGGCUGAUAGGGUUAAGUGGCGCGGUGUCAGGACUAUUGUUUAUGAUCGCGCUGAGAAGUUCAUGCCACCAACACUCUUUGAUAAUGAUGAUUGGAUUAUAGCUUCUGGUAUACCUUAUCAACCAACCUUGUCUAGUGCUGCUGGACCAACAUCAGGCAUAGAUGAAGAUCCAAAUGCACCAGCAGGAGCACCAUCCUCCUUCCCCUACGAAUCUUCGUCAAGUAGUGGCACCACUUCUCAUGGUGGAUCAUUAUCUUCAGUUGGCUCUACUUCCUCAAAAUCCACCCCAUCAACUUCUAAAGGUUCAUCAACACCAAGUGGCACUUCUUCCCCUGACACGACUACGAAAAAAUCUUCCCAUGAAUCUCCAACAAGCUCAAGUACCGCUUCUUCCUCUAGAACCCCUUCCAAAGGAUCACAUUCAUCUACUGAAGGAGGACAAGGAGGAGGAGGUGGUGCAUUAUCUUCUCAAGAAAGUGGGACAAAUGAUUCAACUACUACUACUACUACUACCACCGCGACCACAACCACCGCCACCGAUGCACCUACACAAGCACCACCUCCGGAGGAGGAACUCACGACUCCAAGCCCAACACCGGCCACUAGCCCAACUUCCCCUUCAUUUGGAUUUAAAUUCACAACCUUAUUUAUUCCUCCAAUGUUUAGGCAAAAGAAGCCCAAUCCUCCAGACUCUAGCCCAAGCCCAAGUGAAGUAAAGAAGUUAAUUACUGGCCAAUUAAAAAUGGGUGAACUUGAAAGAGUGCUAAUGUCAAAUGAAGAAAUAGAGCUCGAAGGUAAACAAGCCACUAGCCCAACUCCCCCUCCUUUUGAAGCCCAAUACAUAACCCUUGUUAUUCCUCCAAUGCUUAGGCAAAAGAGGCUUAGAGCUCCAGCCUCAAGCCCAAGCCCAAGUACAAGCCCAAUAUCAAGCCCAAAUAAAGGAAAGAAGUUGCCGCAUAUUGUCCCAGCCUCAAGCCCAAGUCCAAGCCCAAAUUCAAGCCCAAAUAAAGGAAAGAAGUUGCCGCAUAUUGGCCCACUAAAAACGCGUGAACUUGAGAGAGUUUUAAUGUCAGAUGAAGAAAUGGAGUUCGAAGAUGAAGCAAGUAAUGAUGACAUGUCAGGGAAUGUUCCUGAUGGUGAUGAGCCAAGCCCAGCUAGGGUUGAACCCCCAAGCCCAUCUACUUCACCGAGCAGUGUCGUCGUAAGCCCAAGUGUUAGUCCACCAACAUCUACUAAUGGGCCUAGCCCAAGCCCAAGUUCAGAGGAGGUGUCUGAUUGGCUUCCACCUGCUUUGGCACCUGAACCCGGGCCCGUUGAUGAAGCUGAUAAAGAGCCUCUUGUAACUAGUCCUAAACCUAAAACCAACAAUGGAUCUAAGUCUAAAAUUGAGUUAAGUAUGCUAUUGAGUGGGGUAAUUAUGUGGGUUGCUCUACUCAUAUGAAUGGAUUUUUAAUUAGGCCUUUAUUUGUAGCUUAUAUCUCUUACUUUCUCUUGAAAGCAUUUUGACUGUUAUUUUUUUUUGCAAUUUUCUUUACAAUUUUACGACCUCUAUUAGCCUACAUUGAUAAAUUUUUAAAACGUAUUGUACAUAUUAUGUUGCUCCUUUCG